ACCACUGGUGUUUAUAGUCAUGGAGGUUCCUUUCAACUCUAUACUUCUAUGAAAACUGAAAUGUUUUAGCUGGAAGAUGUUGGAAUCAUUAUGCAUGGGAAGUGCUGCUGUGUCACAGCUACCUAUUAAUGAAUAACAUAAGCACAAAAACAUUACUAAGGAUUCUGUAUGGCGUGGGAUGGGAUAAGGUCAAUGAUGACUAUACAGUAGUGUUAACAGUAACUGGUGACCUCUUUACUUUUUGCUCGGUUUGUACUUAUUGUUGAAGUACAGCAACACUAAUUUAAACUGUAUGUCUUUAGAACUGCAGCUAAUUUUGUCUUUCUCUUCUUUGGUGUGGAACCACAUGACUGCAGGUACAACUACCAUCACAAAAAGAUUACCCAUGCCUUCCUCCCCUAUCAUGGGUGCUAUGCAAUAAAAGGCUUGCUUUGUACAUGAACAAAACAUGGAUGGAUCACUGACUGAUCUUGAAAUAAAACAUAAAGAAGAUGUGAUGUGGUACCUGAAAACUUCACAGUUGGCGCUGGCUUUAGCUGUUAUCCGCUCAAAGCCACCAGAUAAAAGCAGCAAAGAAUAUGCAGAGCACUUGGCCAGGAUAGUAUCUUUACAGGAUUCUAAGUGGAAAUCAAGAAUUGAAAUGUUGGAAGCUGAGGUUCUUCAUUUAAGGCAGCAGCUCCUCCUGAGGAAAACUUCAGGAUUAAGAGUCAAAGAUAGGUCUUCAGCUGUCUUAGAUGAGACUCUACUGCCUUCUGAUACAGAAGAAUGCUCAGGUCAUCUUGAAGAUUCUGGAUGUGAUAUUUCCAAUGAUUACAUAAUUGAUACUCUAGAAAUGUUACCUAGUCUCAGUCACAGGCACCAUAGUUACAACAGUUGUGCAUCUGAACCAUCAUCAAGUGUACUUCCAAUAUUGACUUGUUGGACCAGCAAAAGAAAGUCUUUGAUAUCACACAUGCAAUUUCUGCAGCAUUUCCUUGAACUAAGAAAACUGACAGAAGCUGGAGAUUUGAGAACAGACUUAAAAUACCUUGGAAAGGAUUGCUCCAUAAUACCCUGUUCUUUCUCACGGUUGCUUGAUGGUCUGGUUACUUCAUAUAGCCUCCCUGAACUUCCUUUUUUAGAUGUUACGACUCAAGCAGUUUCUCUCAUAACCAAAUUAUUAAGUGAUGCGGAUGUAUCUAGUUUGAUUCUGGGAAAAUGUUUGAAGAAACUGGAAGACUGUGUGAAAAGGCUUCUUGACAUUGUUUUGAACAGCAGCCAUCUCAACAGAUUUCAGAUGCAAGAUUCUAUAUCUCAUGCCCUCGUUUUGCUUGGCCGCUGCACCGCUAUAAGGAACUCUACGAUAUCCCUGCUUUUCAGAAAAGUCAGUCGAUUUGCUGAUGAGUUGCAGCAUACCAAUGAGAUUCAAGCCAAGCAGAGUAUACAAUAUGAAAAUAUUUUCUUUCCGUGUAGAAUUUUAGAACAGCUUCUUGAAACUGAGACAGAACAGCAAAACCUUCCCAGUUCUGCCUGCGAUGAAGAAAAGAAGAAAUUUCUGCAAAACCUCAAUCAAGCUAUUUUUCACCUUUCUGAUCAAUUUCCCUUGUUCUGUAUUUAUUUAUGGCGAAUAGGCACUCUUUUGAAUGCAACAGAAAUAGAAACUGGUGAAAGAAACUGUCCAGCAUUGUAACAUUGCUGGGCAUUAGCAAGCUGAAGAAGGAGCCAGCCAUUAAGCGUUUUUCACCACUGAAAGGAUAUAUGUCAUUAGAGUAAGCAUGAAAUCCAUUGGCAGCCAUGUUGAUGCAGUUUCCUCUUUUGGUAUCAGAAUUGUUUCGGUAGGUAUUUAGCAGUUCAUGAUGAUGGUGGCAAAGGACUUGUUUAUGUCGCUUGAGGUUGAACAACUUUAUUCUCAAUAUGAAACUUUGAAUAUAUUAAAUUUGUCCUGAUAUUUAUUAAAACAUAUAGUGCAAUCGGAUGGAGGGGGCAGUGUUAUCAGUGGGUGGUGAAAGGGUGCAGCCCACACCAGGGGACACCUCAGAGAAGGGGUGACACCCAGUUGGGCCCCCCUCCUGUUGUGGUGAAGGGACAAGUGCGCCCUUGUGGCUCCAUCACUGGCCUAGCUGUCUCCCUGUGGAGGGAGUCGGGGCGGUGUCAGCAACAAUGGAAGGUGGCAGGUGAACAAAGGAGCAGGAGGGCAGGCCACCACCAUCCAUCCCCUACAGCAGUCCCCCACAUUGGGUGUCACCACAUCUAGUGAUGUCACUGAUUUGGGACAUAAUAUUAAGAACUUAAUUAUACAUAUUUUGAACAGUAGAACCAGUUCAGCAUGCAGUUUGUUUCAAUCCAUUGCAUUGUCAUCUUGGUUAGGAGUCAUUCUUGGUGGGAUAUCACUCUUCUCCACUCCAGCCUCAUUUUGCAUACUGUCCCUAACUUUUUUCAGGAAAGAGGCCUAUCCAGUUUGGCACUGGAAAAUGCAAAGCAUGUGCUACACCCCACCUCCUUCCACGUAGCUGUAAAACACCUCUAGAAUUUGACAAUGGACUGCCAUAUUACCUUAGAAUGUGGUGCUAUGUGAGAAAUGCACUAAUGGGAUUUAUAGAUAUUGAAAAUGAAAAGUUUCUUUAUCUAGCUUUAUGUUAAAACUAUUUGCUUUUGCUUUUGUUAUGAGUUAUGA